GAGGUUAUCACCUCUUUCUGUCUCUCUCUCUCUCUCCCUUCAAGUAUAGAGGAUACAACGAGCAGAAGAAAAUUAUCUCAAACCGCUGUGCCUAGGAGACCAGUGUCCCUUCUCUCUCCCUUUCAUGCCAAUGGCCAAGGUGGACCAAAGUUAUGUGAAAGAGAAGAAAAAUAAGAGAGAGAAAGGAAGGGAAGAGAUAGAGAGAGGCUGUGCGUGUGGUGGGAAGAAGGGUGGCUUUCCAACCGAACCACCUCCUUCCAAUAUCAAAUUUUUAGAGUGAUGAGGGUGCCACAAAUGCCCCUCUGCAAACCCCAAAAAAAAUCCAGUCUUUUUAUUCCAUUCAUCAAGGAAAUGUGCGAAAAACACUCGUCUUUCACCUCUUCCAUCAAAGGAAGGAGGGGUUGCUCUCGUAUUCUUGAUUUAUAUGGGCCUCUUUCGUGUUUUGGUCACGGUCAGACCCUUGGUGAGAGAAAAUUGGGGAAGGAACCUCCCCUCUCUCUCUCUCUAUUCCGCCUUUAUCUCUCCAUUAUCUCCACUUCUUUCUCUCUCACAAUUUUUCCUCUCUUCUCUGUAUAUCUUUAUGACUUCGUUGCAAGGCGGUUCAGAUCUCAUCCAGUGCUUACCUUCUUUUCUCUUCUAGCUUCUGCUAUUUCCAAGCCUUCUUUUUCUUCUUGCUAUUUUUUGGUUUGGCGAAGAUGAUGAAAAGGAAGAUUAGGGUUUCCGUGGAUCCAGGGCCUUCUUCUUCUUUCCUGGUUGGGGAGGAGGACAGAGCGAGGUUUAAACACCAGUGUUUGUUACAGGAUUAUCAGGAGUUGCUCAAGGAAACUGAAGGGAAAAAGGAGAGAUUAAACAAGGCAUUGCAGAGGAAACUCAAGCUAAUGGCUGAAGUGAAAUUCUUGAGCAAAAAAUACCAGUCUUUCUCAAACAUUCCUCGGGUUUCGGCAAAACCGUGCAGGGUGAAGAGACAAUCUUGCAAAGAAGUUAACCAACCUUAUCAUCCUGUUAUUGGAACCAAGCCACCCUUAAAAGAAAGGAAUCUCAAAUCAAAAGAAGUUUCAGUUCAAAGUUUCCCAAAAUUAACUGAUUAUAACCUUUUCAAAGUGCCUUUGAAAGAGAGGAAUCGCAAAACAAACGAAGCUUCUGUUCAAACUGCUCCAAAAUUAUUAGAUCUGAAUCAGGUCUCCUUACCGAAUGGUGAAGAGAUGGAGCUUGAUGUGAAAUGGGAGCCCCUCAAGAUAGACAAGUUGAAGAGGACCUUCAUUGAAGGAGGAGAUGCUAUGGUUGAUGAUAUUAAGUUCUCAGUUUGUAGAGAGAUUGGUAGCAGCCAAUCUGGGUGGGGAACUGGAAAAUUUCAUGGCAAGAUCAGCUCCCUUUGAAGGUUUCAGACCUACUAUUGCUUGCAUCAUUAGUGAAAAUGAUUUAUGUAUAUGAUCACUUUUACCAAUAACCCAUUAGAGUUGCUCCUUUUUCAUAAAGAUCUUGCCUUUGCAAAGGGAAGGAUUAACAUUGUGUUACUGAGAUAUGCAAAGCUGAUAGAAGUUGUAGA